AUGAAUUCUGAUCUGAAGAAAAAGCUGAGAAUCAAAUCUGGAGUCGUGAAAAGGAUGAACAGAGAGCACGAAUCGUAUCAAAGAGAAGUUGAUAAAGACAGAGAUAGAGUUCAGAAACUGAGAGACAAUGGAGCAAGCGAGUCUGAAAUCAAAAGACAAGAAGAAGUAUUGCAAGAAACCAUUGCUAUGAUACCAUAUACAAGAAGAAAACUGAAUGAAGCCAUUCAAGGACUCAGAGAUUUUAUGAAGGAAAAUGAUACAAACAAUGAUCUUAUUGGAUCCCAGGAAUGGACUGAAGCAUCAAACUCGCUUUCCGCUGCUUCAGUGAGUGUAUAA